GGUGCCAGAGCCUUUCCAGUGGAGCCCAGUGACAGGACGAGGAGCAAUGCCCUGACCCACACGCCUCGGCGGCCCGAGGGUCCGGCCCUCAGCGGGCGGGGCCGCGCCGGCCCCCCCCCCCCCCCGCCGCAGGCGCGGCCGCCGCUCCCGCCAUGGCGGGCGCGCUGGGCGGAAUGUUCGGCUCCCAGGGCCCGGGGCCGCCGCCGCCGGGCCCGCCCGGCCCGCCCGGCCUCAUCCCGCCGCCCGCCGGGCCGCGCAACCCCAACAACACGCUGGUGGACGAGCUGGAAGCGUCCUUCGAGGCCUGCUUCGCCUCGCUGGUGAGCCAGGACUACGUGAACGGCACGGACCAGGAGGAGAUCCGCACCGGUGUUGAUCAGUGCAUCCAAAAGUUUCUGGAUGUUGCAAGACAAACUGAAUGCUUUUUUCUACAAAAAAGACUGCAGCUAUCAGUCCAGAAACCAGAACAAGUAAUUAAAGAGGAUGUUUCAGAAUUAAGAAAUGAAUUGCAGAGGAAAGAAGCAUUAAUUCAGAAGCAUUUGAGUAAACUGCGACACUGGCAACAGGUCCUGGAAGACAUCAGCGUACAGCACAAAAAGCCUGCAGAAAUGCCUCAAGGUCCAUUAGCUUACCUAGAACAAGCAUCUGCAAAUAUUCCUGCUCCAAUGAAGCAAACAUAAUCUUCAGUUCUACACAACUCAAUAUUUUAAAAGCAAUGGUGUUCUUUGUAUGCUUUUUGUAUAAUGUAAUUUGUACUGCAAAUAUAGUUAAAACAGUUAAGCCAAA